AUGCUCCGGGCGACACUGUAUCACCACACUCGCAGACCGUCUAACGAAGUCUACGACCCUUACGACCCAUCUACGCUUACGACCGCGCCGCAGCGCCAGCAGCCUGCUGCUCCCCGUCCUUCUUCCUCCCAGUCAGUCGAGAGCCGCCCAACCUCGGCCACCGGUGCUCCCCGUUACCUGCGCCGCGCUCGACGCACCCCCGAGGCCCGUCAAUUGCCUCAUCGUCGAGCCGUCUCGCUUGACACCGGUAGACCGCUGCCUGUCCCCGACCCCCAGCCGGCGCAUUCGAUCCCCAUCUCCGUACAUCCGCCGCCGAAGAGUGGAAUUGCGGCCCUACGCCCAGCCCUUUCGGAAGCACAGACAGACGACAACGGAUCGACCAUCGACGAUCCGUAUCAGCUGCUCAAUAGCUCAUAUUGGCCCUGGAGAACGACGACCGUCUCCUCGCGUACUGCCUCGGCCAUCCUCUACGCCCUUGAAGACGCCAUCCGCCGCCCGUUCUCCUUCACGACCGACUGGGACGAAGUGAAUGCGUCUAUGUCAGAUAUGGUAGGUGUUGCUGGUCCCGCUGGUCUUGUAGGCAAUGGCCGCGCGCAGAAUGGUGCCUCUCGCGCACCCCCGGCUCCGGCGCCGACGUCAACACACCCGCCGAGUGGUGUUCGCACGCCGACAGAUAUCAUGAGACAACGCCGAGAUCGCGAGGCCCGCCGCAAGGCCGAGCAGGAAGCUCGGGAGAAAGAACAGGAAGAAAUGGAAAGACAGCAAUUUGAGCAAGAGCAGUCCCAGGCUCAAGCCCAACAGUACGCUGCUGGCGCUGCUGCAGACCCGGCGUCGCAACGCCGCGCCCAGCCCCCGCGUGCUCCUCGAGGAGCGCAGCCUCAGCCGCAGCCUGACACCGGCUCUGGCCCUAGCUUUCGCCCCGGUACGGCUGCUACACCGAGCUCUGGUGCCGCUGGACCCGGAUAUCAAGCACCUCCAGCCACGGCCGAUGUGCCCCCUCAACCACGGCCAGCCCCUGCGUCAGCUCAGCAACAAUUCGGACCAGCUCCGCAACAUGCUCGCUCGCAGAGUGCCGCGGCAGGGACCGGCGGACAAACCGGCACUGCAGGAAUCUCACGAUCUGGGCAGGCUCCCACAAGCCAGUCUGGGGCCCCGCAAAGUCUCCAACAACCCAAGCGCGCGGGCUUCCCUCACGCCUUCGAGCGUUGGGAGACCCUGUCUUCGCACUGGGAAGGUCUCACGAGUUACUGGAUUCGCAAGCUCGAGCAGCACAAUGAAGACCUCGAGAAAGAUCCUCUAAGUCAGCAACUCGCCCGCCAAAUCACGGACUUGUCCGCCGCCGGCGCCAAUCUCUUCCAUGCAGUAGUCGAGCUUCAACGCCUGCGUGCAUCCUCAGAGCGCAAGUUCCAGCGCUGGUUCUUUGACACUCGGUCCGAACAAGAACGCGCAAAGGAACUGCAAGCAGACCUGGAACGUCAGCUCAAGACCGAGCGACAAGGCCGCGCCGACGCAUUUGCUGCAGCUCAGACCGCUGAACAAGACAAGUCUCGAUCCGAAGAGCUCCUCCGGGAAAUGCGCCGCGAGCUCCAGAUCUCCCGCGAAGAAGCACGCCGCGCUUGGGAGGAACUCGGCCGCCGCGAGCAAGAAGAGCGAGACAAGACCAAUGCCCUCCGCAACGGCGAACCGACUCUCGUCGGCGGCGUACAAGUCGUCCCGAUGAUCCAGGGAGUUCCCAGCCGUCACACCACGCGCCCACCCACCCGCGAGGGUAGUUACGCUAGUGGACCAACCGCUACCUCUGAGUACCAAGGCAAACCGGCCGACGCUAGUGCUGGUCAGCAGUAUUAUCACGAAAACCCGCCCAUGUCCCCCACCGGCUCAGACCCUUUCAUCGAGCCCAAAAAGACCGACCCGCCCACCAGCAAACCGCUGUACGCAGAGCAGAUGUACCAGCACGAUCCCACCAGCGCCGCCUACCAUGGUGCCGCCACCUCCGAGGCAGACGACCGUUCCUACGUCGGAAGCAGCGAGGCCGGCGACGAAGACUACGCGCAUUACCCGCAGCCGCAUGGAAACUUGACCUAUCCCCCGCCUCCGCUGUCAGAAGGAAGCGAAGACUACGACGAUGAAGGGAACUAUGUCACUGACGCCGCAUUCUCCGGUGCGCCCGCCUCAGCGCCGAUGCAUGCGCCCUACCCACCUACGACAAUCGACUACAGCGGCUCGGGAUGGGGCGUGGGAACAGGCUGGGAGUCUGUCACGCCGCGACACCGCCACCCGACACGUUUGAGUGAUGUGUUGGAGGAGGAUGAGCCGAGCCGGACUAGUCCCAGCCGUGCAAGCCAGGCGAGUCGCAGUCAGGCUGGUCGUAGUCAGACGGGUCGCAGCAUCCAGUGA